GUAUUGUAAAAUUUGCUUUUAAGGUAUUUGUACUUUCACUGUUUCAGUUUAAUCCCACAACAUCUAUCUGUAUAGCUUUAGUUAUUGUCAUUGUUGGAGGAAGUAAAGGAAUAUUUUAUUGUGAAUUCUGCUAACCGGAAGUCACAUGUUUUCUGUUCAGUCACCUUCAUCGGUGUGUUGUAACGUGUAGUACGAUAACACCGUGGCAAAGAUUUUUAAAGACAGCUUAGGUUAAAGAUUGAAUUAACGCAGAAUCAGCUAGUGCGAGUUUCGCUAACAUAAAUGGUUUAACCAUCGGAAACGGGUUGACUCAAUAAAUUUAGACAGUCGGACGUCAGACCCUCCCUCAAUUUGCUCUGCAUCAGCUUAACACCUGCACACCUGUAACAAGCUCUCAGCCAAUCAGCGCUCUUCCUUCUCCCUCAGCUCACAUGUAGCAUCACACCCUGGAAACUCAACUCGUAAAGGCAAAGCUGAGCCUCGUGGUGUGUUGAGCGUCCUCGUGGUUUGACCUGUAGCUCCAGCUUUCCACUCAUUCAGGGCUCUGUGUCGUCUGUUAUCACAGAGAAGAAAGUCAGUGACCCUUGUGAGAGCUGAACUGAGAAGUUAGAGGGUUUCUCAUUCACUUCUAGUGGACAUUAAAGGAACUGCAACUGGAGUUGCUCUGGUGUCAGUAUGUCCUGGUGAGCUGCUUCCUAAUUUGUAUCUGUUUAUAAAGAAUAAAUUCAGUGUCCUCAGGCUGAGUUUGUCCAAUGCCGAGGCACAGUAAGCUGCAGCGGCUGGUCCUGACUCUGUACCGGCAGUUCCUGCGAGCUGGUCAGAACAAACCAGGCUUCAUCCCUCGAAUCCGAGAUGAAUUCAGAGCGAACGCCCGGAUCAAGAAGACAGACGUGAUGCACAUUGAGUACCUGUACCGGCGAGGACAGAGGCAGCUGGAGCAGCUGAAGGAUGUCAACACCAAACAGCUGGGUUCCUUCUCCAAACCCAGAGACCAAGGCUGACCCCUGACCUGCACAGUGUCAUGUGACCCUGAAUGACUCAAAGACUUGGUUAGGAAAGAAAUGUCAUGCUGUGAUGCUGCAUUCAAGUCCAGUGGGAAACUAAAGCUCAAUAUAGAAGAAAUUAUGUGAUAACCAUUAUUUAAGUUUUUCGGAUAUUGCAAUCAUCACAAAUAAUUAAUGUCAGCUGAACAGUACAAUAAAGUUUUUAAAAGAUAUAUCAAAUCAGUGAUGAACCAUAGUGCUGGAAUGUAACCAGGUGUACAUGGUAUUGAGUAUAAAUUUGAGGUACGUUGCCUGAGGAUUUUCUUUUCGUACUGCUUUCAACAAUAGUUACUUGAUAAAUUAAUAAAAUAUGAUACUUUGUCAUAGAUUAAAUUACCUACCACUGAAAUAAUUAGUUCAUUGAGAGAUUAUGAUUAAUAACUUUAUUAAAAUGCCAAACAUUUCAUUCUUUUAGCUUCA